CGAAAGUGACUCAAUGACUGUUAUCAUAAAUAACGAUCUUUUUGUCGGCAUUGACCCGGCAGAUGUUCAUUUUCGAGACAGGUCCUGCCCAUCUUCCCGUAGCAGUCCUACUCAUAUAGCUCUUAUUACGAACUAUGAUGAGUGUCUUACCACCAGAACGGAAAAUGAUACAACCAUUACAUUCUCGAAUGUCAUCCCUUAUUUCAUGCCUGAGCCUAUCCCUGGCACUACUAUCACCCGUCAAUACCAGAAGCAGCUUGAGGUUUCGUGCUAUCUUGACAAGACCUCGCAAGUGGAUCAAUCUUUCAAACCGACGCUUGGUGAAAUAAAGUUUACCGAUAAGGGAUCCGGCCACUUCCGCCUGGACAUCGCAAGGUUCAAGACCGAGUCCUUUGAUGAGCCCGAAGAUGACAACACUGAGGUUUGGCAAAGCCAGGCGCUCUACUUUGGAGUCCAACUUGAAUCGGUUGAAGAAGUUGGUAUGUUUAUCAAACGAUGCUGGGCGACGGCAGGCCCAGAUCGUGAUUCUACUCCACGACAUGAUCUCUUUACUGACAGAUGCCCUUCUGAUUUGGAUGAAACGGUUGAAGUCUUUUUUCCGAACAAAACGGAUCGAGAAGGAUUUAAGUUUGACGCAUUUGCCUUUGUUGGAGAUCAUAACAUGGUAUACAUUCACUGUGAAGUGAGGGUGUGUAUGAAUGAAGAGGCCAGUAUGUAUCGAGAGUGCUCCUACACUCUCAAUUUGGGACGCAAACGCCGAUCUUCUUCAUUCCUUUCCACCCAAACGAUCAGUAGUGCACCCCUUCGUGUCCGCCGCUCAACCAACGACAUGGCUACUCAUGAUCUGUCUGCCUACAAUUCGUUUGGGAUGUUCCUCAUUGGAUUGAUUGCAACCGUGGUUGCUAUAGCAAUCCUGAUGGGCGUGGUCAAGCUAAUCGGUCGUCCAACCGACAUCAACUACAAGCGAGUCCCAACUGCAUCCAUGGAAGGGAUUUAGAAGCGAUUAAUGACCAGAGUGGAAUUCAUAUUCGGAGUGACGUCGCGUGAUUUACCGCGCUACUUGACAACCUGGAGCCCGUAUCACAAAACUUAUCAAUGGUCGUAGAUUUUUUUUAACGAUUGAUUGCAUUGACUACAAUGCAUAACUAAUCGUAAGAAUCAAGCAUACGAUCAAUCGUUAUGCUUUGUCUUACGGACCCUUGAUGCGCAAGGUCAAGGGUCAAAGCAUUAACAUUUCAAAAGUUAUCUCAAUACAAUUAGUAAAGUUCAAAUCUGUUUAACGUUCCUAAACAACUACAGAAAAUAUUAUUGAAAAGAAAAAAUCCGCUGAUAUUAUUCUCCUUUACAAACAUACCACUCUGGCGGCAUCACAGAAAGGCAUAUAAAUUCUCCUUACUUAUAACAUUCUCUUGAAGAGGCAUAGAAUAGCACUUAUCAUUCAACUGUAACGAUAAAUAUAAUUUAUUUAAGUAUUUCUUCUUACUGUACUGUACUACUGGUGGGGGACUUAUAGUUGAGUUUUUUCAUUGUGUUUAACAUAGGUUUACGGAAGACCAAGAAAAUUAGUAAAAUCAUUGUAAGAAUUAAUUCAAACAUAAUCGUAUCAUUCUAUAUAUAUGCAAAAAUGAUAAUAUUUGAUGCUCUUGGACAAAAGCAACAUCAGGAAUCAAUGAAUCAAACAAUGAAAAAAAAUCCGCUGAUAUAGUUCUCCUCACAGUGCUUUAUGGGAUCAAACAGAAAACUUGAAAUCCUUAGAUAUAUUUUUCUUAUGUAUCAAUACCCCUUCGAGGAGCAAUCGGAUAACAAAUGAUAUGAACUAUAAUAAUUGUGAUUUAUCUAAGCAUUUCUUGUUGAUUUAAUUAACCUCUUGUGGUGGGCGUAUUUUUUUGUUUUAAUUAUAUUUUAAUGUAAGUUUAAUAUGUAAAACUGGGUAAGUACUAAAAUCAUUGUCAGAAUUAAUUGUAGCAUAAUCUCAUCAUAAUUAUGUUCAAAAGUUUGCCAACAAUAUUUGACGUUCCUAGACAAGAAACAGCAACGACACGAAAUAAUGAUUCAAGAAAAUAAAAAAAUUCAGCUGACGUCAAUAUUCUCCUCAAAUACCACUCUAGCUUUAAAAGAGGGUGUAAAUAUCCACCUUAUCUACGCGUUGCUCUUAAAAGAACAUUUCAUUAUUGAAAAUAUCUAUUCAAAUUCAAUUGUAGCGAUCAUUGUCAUUUGUUUAAUUAUUUCUUCUUAGUUUAAUUUACUGCUGGUGGGGGUGUAUUUGUCAUAGAUGUCCAUUUUAUUUUAGCAUAAGUGUCUGAAGAUUAUUUUCUUAAAUGUAAUUAUUUUCUUAAAUGUAAUGAAACUAUAAUCUGGGGGCGUUCCACAAAAACUGAAGUGUGACAUUAUGCUAAGCGGACGCUUGCCAUUUUUUGUAUUAACCAAAAAGACUGCGCGUUAAAUAUCAUGCGUGCAACCGUACGCCAUAUAAGCACAUGAUUUCUAGUCACACUUAAAUCUUUAUGAACCACCCCAGAUCUCUAAUUCCACGUCUCUCGGUGUAAGAAGAUCUCACUCCUUUGUAUUGAUAUUGGAAUCUUUAGAGAGUGAAAUUCACGUCUGUUUUUUGAGUGAUAAUGUAAAAACAAAAAUGGAUCCACAGUUCGCUCUAAAAGAAGCUAUAAUGAUCCAUUUCACUACAAUAGUAUUGGUUCCUCAUAUCACUCAUUAGCGAACCUAAGAAGGGGGGGCAGACUGCCCCCUGACGAGUCACAACACAUGCAAGGGACGUAUCCCUGCCCCCCCCCCCCCCUGACGAGUCAAAACUGAUCCCUGACGAGCUAAGUGUGCCCCCCCCCCCCUCCUUUGAACUUUAAGCCCUUUUUUUGGUGCGAAAUGUCCUUUACUUGCGGUUGAAGACCUUUUUUUUUUGCUUGUCAAAUGUUUUGCCGGACAAAUUUGCCCCCCUCCCCUUUGGAAAAUCCUUGUUACGCCACUGGUAUCACUCCAAGGGGAAUGUUAUUACGGUGAAUUGUCUGUUUUGCAAUUAGAGAGAAAAUCAGUGAACACGAUUGUACGAAUUAAUUAUAUAUUUUUUGUUUUAUCAUACCAUGCAUACAGGAAUUUGCAAUCUUAAUAAUCAAAACAAACUUCAUAAAGAAUAUACUCCGUCUAUAGUUUUUAAUAUUCCAGCAAACUCAUUUCUUAACUUACCGAAAUUGUGUCCCUUUCUAGAUUUGAAAUUCCUUGUUUUUAGGCUACGUCUAUGAGGAUGCAGACAUAGGUUUCGAGAAUUUGUAAGAGAAUUAUGCUUUUGUCCAUUCUUCACGAAAAUUAUCAGAAUUCAAAUAUCCAUAAAAACUGACAUUUCGACUGCUAACUGCUUUUGUCAAUAUUGAUUUUUUUUCUAACAAAAUGUCCUUUUCUUAACGGAUUUCUUUAAUUACCACUAUGACCUACAACAUCAAGUUAAAUAAUGUUUCUAAAAUUACAAUGAUGAAUACAAUACUUUAUCUUCUCCAAUGCUGGUAAUAUACAUCGUAGACCUACAAAAUAACCCCGAAUCAUCUGUAAUUCUAAAAUACAUAACAUACGUAAAUAAAGUCAUUUCAAUUUAAUUUAGUAUUUCAUCUAUAUUUAAGGCAAUUAACCAUUUGUGGCUUAUUUCAAAUGUCGGGAAGUGAUUAAUCAUCUAGAUCGUAUUAAAUGUACUCUUAAUCAAAUAAAAUAGGUUAAA